GACGACAUCAAGAUCGAGUAUCAUCCAAGUAGCGGCAUCGAGGCCAAGGUAUACGUCUUUGAUAGCUUUGAGCGUUGUGCCUCAGAAUUCCUUGCCCCCCCACCUGAUGGCCAACCUUGGCGUCCGUUCAAAUCUCGGCUCGAAUUCGAAAUUGCCGAGAUCAUGCUCGAGGUCGGCUUUAACAACCAACAAUCUGAUCGGUUCAUCAAGCUAUGUCACCGCUGUGCUGUGGGCAAGGAGAAGUUCACGUUCAAAAACCACAAGGAUAUCCACAACAUGUGGGAGGCAGCCUCACACCGCAUUACAAAGUUUACGAAGGAAGUGAUCUCGAUCCCGUUUGCUGGAGAUGAGGAACUACGGGAAUACGACGUACAUUACCGAGACCUUUGGGAGUUGGCUGCCGAUAUGCUUCGGAAUCCCCGCCUCUUUCCAUACUUCACGUUUGAUGCACACCACCUGUCGAAGUUUGAUGGUAAUGCAUUUGUUUCUUUUGUUGAUGAGCCUUUCACUGCGCGAGAUAUUUGGGAUGUGCAAUUGCAACUCCCUCCAGGUGCGAAGCCACUGGCAUAUAUACUCUACGCGGAUAAGACGAAACUCUCCUCCUUCGGUACCGCAAAAGGGUAUCCGGUCUACGCUCGUUUAGCAAACUUACCGACUGCAAUUCGAAACGGGCGAGGUACAGGUGGCGGGUAUGUGGUGGGAUGGCUGCCGAUUGUCAAGGACGAAAAAUUACACUCCGGAAAGCCCAGCUGGGUAGACUUUAAAAAUACUGUCUGGCACAAGUCAUUUGCCAGGAUUAUCUCUUCGUUAGCCUCAAAAUCGCAAACGGGGCAGUGGUUCGAAUGUCUAGACGGUAUCACGCGCUGGUUCUUUCUCUGUAUCCUCAUUCUAUCAGCUGAUUUUGAAGAACAAUCUGUCAUGUCGCUUACUCAAGGAAUCAUGAGUCUUUGGCCAUGCCCCAUUUGUUUAGUUCCCCGAGACGACCUGUGGGACACUUCAAAAUCAUAUCAUCGGCGAACAUCGAAUGAGUCGCAAGCAGUUAUAAAUGCUGCGCGUGUGAAAGACACCUUCGAAGAAAGAGAGGAACUUUUGAAAGAACAAGCACUUCGUUUGAUUGAUAAUGCAUUCUGGGCAGUAGCAUUCACCUGCGUGUUUCGAGCAUUGUCACAUGACCAUUGUCAUUUCAAUCAUGGUGGGCUCUGGUCACGCCAUCUCUGGGUUGAACUGCAGAAAUACGUUGUAACUCUCGGAAGGGGAAAAGUAUCGCAAGUUGACAAUCAGUUU